AUGGCCGCGCCCGCGCCGCGCGCCGUGCGCCCGGACCCCGCGCCCCGCGCCCCCGGGCAGAACAUUCUCGCACCGACCGCGCUACACGAAACACGACGGCCGCGUCCGUCCCGCUCGCGAUAUAGACUGUACGCGCCGCGCUCUGAUUUGAUUAGCGAGUUGGAGCAGCUAGUGGAGGACCCGAGCGAGCUGUAUACCGAUCGAGAGCAGUUUGAAGGGACUUACUACCACGAGCUCGCCACCGCGCGCGAACUUUUGGAGCGUCAUCGUAGUCAGCGCGCUAAGGAUAACGCCAGCGCCAGGUCAGAGGUAGGUUCCGAUGAGUGCCCUACUGUCAUAACUUGCAAGCCAGUCUUGAAGACAAUGGGUCUUCAACGCCGGGAGUAUAUGGUGCUGAUAGCACCAGUGCAUCUUCAAACCCUGGACGCUCGGACUAAAACCGGUCGUCCAUCCAUGGCCGCGCCCGCGCCGCGCGCCGUGCGCCCGGACCCCGCGCCCCGCGCCCCCGGGCAGAACAUUCUCCUAGACCAACUUCGUACAUAUUUUUACCGACGCGGCGUGGGCAGAAACCCGGAGCUUGAGCCGUUGCACGCCAGUCUUUUCCACAUAGAUGGCGACCGUUGGAAGCUGACGCGGCAGCUGGUGGCGCCAGCGUUCACCUCGGCGCGGCUGAAGGCGAUGUUCCCGCUGGUGGCGCGGUGCGCGGAGCGGCUGCAGGGCGCGGCGCGCGCGGCCGCGGCCCGCCCCGGCUCCGGCGUCGUCGACGCGCGCGACCUCAUGGCUCGCUUCACCACCGACUUCAUCGCCGCCUGCGGCUUCGGCGUCGACACCAACUCUCUAGACGACGAACACUCCCAUUUCAGAAAACUAGGCCGGCUCUUUUUUACAAAACGGCUCUCAGUCGUAAUAAGGUUCACUAUGUGGGAACUGUUCCCUCCGUUAAGACGUUACAUACGUGUUGUUCCGGAAAAUAUCUCUGAAGCUUUUUGCAGUUUCGUUAAGAAAGUCAGAAAAGAUAGACAAUGCAAGCCCUGCGGCCGCAAUGAUUUCAUCGACCUACUCCUGGAAUUAGAACGUAAGGGAAAGAUCGUAGGAGAAUCGAUCGAACACCACAGCCCAGAUGGUACGCCUGUGACGGUGGAGAUGGAAAUGGAUUUGAAAAUGAUGGUGGCACAGGCGUUCCUAUUCUUUAUAGCGGGUUUCGAGACGUCCUCGUCGGCAACAAGUUAUACUUUGCAUGAACUUGCAUUUAAUCCUGAAUUACAAUUAAAAAUACAAUUGGAGAUAGAUGAAGUGCUUCGGAAAUAUGAUAAUAAGUUGUGUUACGACGCCGUGGCGGAGAUGAAACUGCUAAGUAUGGCUUUUAAGGAGGCGAUGAGGAUAUUUCCACCGGGGGGCGUGCUGCUUCGAGUGUGCGCUCGGCCCUACACAUUUCCUGAGCUGGGGAUGACCGUGGACCCCGGCGUGAGGAUAGUGAUCCCGAUGCAAGCGCUGCAGAACGAUGAGAAAUACUUCGACAGCCCGCAAAACUUUCAGCCAGAUCGAUUUGAUCCCGAGAAAGUAAAACAGCGACAUAAAUACGUGUAUUUGCCCUUCGGAGAUGGACCCCGAUCAUGCGUAGCCUCACGGCUGGGCGAGAUGCAGUCGCUGGCCGGUCUGGCGGCGGUGUUGCGGGCCUGCAGCGUCUCACCGGCGUCGACCACGCGACGAGUGCCGAGGGUGGAUUCACGAGUGAACACCGUGCAGUGUGUGAGGGGAGGUCUACCGCUCCAGUUUACUGUUAGGGACCAAUGAGGACGAGAGAAUGGGGACCACCGCAAAUGGGGCGUUCUACCAUCGGACUCUUAGACGCACGGCCGGUUUCCAUCUUUACUUGGUUGAUUUCUAGGGAUGUACCGACUAUUGAUUUGGCCGACUAGGCCGACUACCGACUAGUCGGCGCUUGGGU